AUGUCGUUCCAAAGUAAAAAGUUUCGGUCCAAGGCCCAACAAGCAGCAUUCGAGAAAACUUUUGUGGGCAGAUAUCAGAGGUUGGUGAAGAAGAACUCGUUCUUGUUCCUGGGCAUACCCAUGAUUGGGUCUGUGGCGCUGGGGUCCGUGCUGCUUUCCAACUUCACUGCGAUUCGCUACGAGCAAAGAGAUGCGAAGGUAAAGGAGCUGGAUGAAGAAGAGAGCUUAGCGAUAGCAAACCAGAAGAGGCGGAAGGUCGACCUCAAGGAGGAGUACUACAAGCUGCAGGGUUUGGCUGAAGAAAACGAGAACUGGGAGCCCGUGAGAGUUGAGCGUCUGAAAGGAGAGAGCGAGAAUGUCUGGUGA